AUGGCGAGACGAGAAGACCCAAAUUUGUUUGAGGAUGAACCCGAAGUUAAUCCGUUUUCGGUCGGGUCACACCCUCCUUAUGUGGUUGCUGAUACACUGGGUUUUGGCCAGAAAUAUGAUGCCGUUAUUGAUAUACCGUUAGAUACAGUGAAUGACUCGAGGAAGAAGGAUAAAGAACUUGCUGCUUGGGAAUCAGAUUUGAACAGGAGAGAAAGGGAGAUCAAACGUAGGGAAGAGGCUGUUGCUGGAGCUGGUGUUAUUGUGGAUGAUAAAAACUGGCCCCCAUUUUGUCCCAUUAUUCACCAUGAUAUAGCCAACGAAAUUCCAAUCCAUGCUCAGAAGUUGCAGUAUCUGGCUUUUGCAAGUUGGUUAGGCAUCGUCUUUUGCCUCUUUUUCAAUAUCAUUGCCAUCACUGUUUGCUGGAUAAUGGUUGAUGGGGUCAAGAUCUUCCUCCUUGCAGUAAUAUACGCCCUACUUGGAUGGCCGCUCUCGUAUGUGCUUUGGUACCGGCCUUUAUACCGUGCAAUGAGGACUGAUAGUGCACUGAAAUUCGGCUGGUUUUUCUUGUUCUACUUGCUCCAUCUUGGUUUUUGCAUAGUUGCUGCAAUCGCACCCCCUAUUUUCUUCAACGGGAAAUCAUUAACGACUGAUAGUGCACUGAAAUUCGGCUGGUUUUUCUUGUUCUACUUGCUCCAUCUUGGUUUUUGCAUAGUUGCUGCAAUCGCACCCCCUAUUUUCUUUAAUGGGAAAUCAUUAACGGGCAUACUUUCUGCUAUUGAUGUCAUCUCCACCAAUGUGUUGGUAGGGAUUUUCUACCUGAUUGGAUUUGGUUUGUUUUGCUUGGAGUCGCUCUUGAGCCUGUGGGUUCUCCAGAAAAUAUACAGGUACUUUAGGGGGCACAAGUAA